AUGUAAAUUAUAUUCUUAAUUAUCUGCAUUGUUACAUAUGCCAAUUGCAAAUUAAAAGUAAUUAGACCUGCAGAAUUAGUGGAUCGUAUGGGAUCAAAAGUAAACAUGGCACUCGCUAAUUUUGGGUUUUAAGUGAUUUUUAUCAAAUUAGAUAAAUUCCAUUUGGACAUAGAUUAAUGGGCUAUGUUGAGAUGGCUGAUCCUUAUGAUGGAUGCAGUGCUCUUAAACCUAGUUAUGGAAGUCAAUUUGUUCUAAUAGAGAGAGGAAACUGUACUUUUGUGACUAAGGUGAAGAAUGCACAGAAUGCUGGAUAUAUGUUAGCUAUUAUAGGGAAUCAUAAUGAUGAGCCAUUAGAAUCUGAUUUUGUUAUGGCAGAUGAUGGUCAUGGAUACUCAGUAAAUAAUUUAAAGAAAUGUUAUAGGUUAAUAUUCCAUCAAUAUUUAUUACAUUAAGAGAUUUUAAUAUAAUGAAAGAGUAUGCUACUAGAAAAUUUUAUAGUGAAAAUUAAGAUGAUUAGGUUUUUAUUUUAGUUAAAUUUGAUGUUGAAAAGAGGGAUUAAAUUGAUGUAGUGUUGAGUUUGGAUGUAAAGGAUGGAGAUUCAUAUAGAGUAAUUGAUGAAUUCUCUUAAUUUUAUAAAAUAUUAAAAAAUGAGAAUGUAAAUUAUACUUUGGUUUAUUAAAUUUUCAAUGCUAAUGAAACAUAAACAGAUUAUUAUAUAGAUACAGAUAAUUGUAUAUGUUCAAGAAGAUAUUGUUCAAUGGAUCCAGAUGGAGAUGGCAUAGCAUCAGGAAGAAAUUUAAUUGAAGAAGCUAUUAGAUAAACAUGCAUCUUUAAACAUUAUCCAGAUAACUUUUUUGAUUAUAUGGUAAAAUUUAAUAUUAAUAUUAGGAUUAAUUUAAUUUAUAAUGCACAAAAGCUCAAGCAUAUUCUACUUGUGGAAGUAAAAUAAUAACAAAUUUGAAAAUAUAAGCAGAUGAAAUAAAUAAAUGUAGAGAUGACUCAUUUAGGGAUACUAUUAAUCAUGAGAGAACUUAAAAUUUAUCAAAUGCUUAUAAUUCUAUUUUAGAGCAUUAAUUAUUAUUGAUAGAGAAAGCUGGAAUGAUUGGAGUACCUUCAGUAGUUGUAAAUUCAAUUGUUUAUAAAGGAUAAUUAACAGGUAAUGGAAUUUUUGGUGAAAUUUGUAAUAGUAAUUUAAAUAUUUUAAUUUAUAGGUUUUAUAUAUCCACCUUCAAUUUGUAUGAAUGAAAUAGAUGACUAUGAUACACUUGAAAAUAAUGGUUAUCAUUAACUAAUUUUGGUUAUUCUUUUUAUUUCAAUUUUAAUAGCUAUUUUUAUCUUUAUUUUAUAUUUAUUGUUUAAGAAAUUUGUGAAAAGAGAUAGUGUUGAAGUUACAUAAGUUUAAGUUAAUGAAAUGGUUAGUCAAUAUAUUAAAUUUUAUGAAGGAAAAGAUUAAUAAAAACAAAAUUCUUUUUGA